AGUUCACAGCAUUGAGGUUGGGUUGUGUUGUGGUUUUUGUCCUGUGUGGCUAUUUUUAUUUAAACAUUUUUUUACUUUUCUUUUGUGUAUUUAAUUCCCGAUGCGAAAAGUUUGAAUUCCAGCGUCCGUGCCCCUCGAAGACUUCGUACGAGCAAGAUGUCAGCAACAGUAAACGACUUGUGGGUGUCCUGGUUCAGUUGCUGUGUGGCCCGGCCGCAGAAGAGGAGGCACAGGAUUGACAGAUCGAUGAUAGGAAAUCCCACAAAUUUCGUCCAUACAGGCCACAUUGGUAGUCGAGAUGUGGAGCUACCCAAUGAUCAACAGAUUGCCCUCCAAAACCGAAUGAGGAGUAAAGGCGGUUAUGAUACAGCCUAUAAGGAAGCUCAAUGGUGCCAAUAAGACCUCUACAGUGGUCCUCCAUCUUUAAUUUAAAUUAGGUGCUAAAGCUACAAUGUAAUUGAAUUUUUUUUAUCUCUACUUAUUUAUAUAAAACAAAGAAGACUUCCGUUGUUCUGUGUAUACUAUCUUACGUUUCGCUUGUAUAUAUUAUUUACUGUUUAAGGCAUUUUUCCUAUUAUUUCAUAGUUUUUUUUUGUAAAUAUUUCUUUUAGUUUAAGUUCAUUUUAUAAGUACAAGAUUUCCGUCUUUUUCGGCAGCCAUUUUGUUUUGACUUGACAGCUAGUGAAGUUGUUUUUUUUUUGUUAAGAUGCUUUCAUUUGUUUAUGACAGUAUUAAGUAAGAUAAUCCAUUCAAUUUUAUCAAGAAAUUAGACUGACUUGUAGUUAACUCUCGGGUUAUUUGGAUGCCUUAUUAUAAUAUAGAAUAUUUUGGCACAAUAGAAAAUUUUGACUGGCACAACUCAACCUCAGGUAAAUCGGUGUCAUUAAUGGCAAUAAUUGAAGCAAUGUAUGAUAGUUAUUAUUGUACUUAUUGGAAAAUAUAUACGUACUAAAGUUA